AUGUAUGUGAAAUGUUUUGAUACAGUAAUGUUUUACUAUGUGAUUUUAGUGAUUUUAGUGAAUGUCACUUUUUGUCAUUUUAAAAAUUUCCCAUCGUUCCGUCCCCCGUACAUCCUGACACUCGCAGGGGACGGAACCCAGAAGACGGAUGCCGGCAUCGGCCAGGGACACUGCAGGAGGGACAUCGCGGGAGCGCAGGACAAGGUAAGUGAUCGAGGGAUCGUGGCGCAGCGCUGCAUGGUAUUCUCGAGUAUAGCUCGGGGUUACUGCUUGUGCUACACUCGAGAAUACCGCCAGGGAGGU